UGGCAGCUCCAGUCCCAUCGGCCUCCCCCACCCCAUCGUGUGUAGCAGCCCGGCAGCAACCGAAUAACGAAGGCACCACAGGGUCUGUCCGGGCACCUAGGUACAGAGCAGCAGCUGGGGCUGCCGGGAGAUUCCAUGCAGUACGGAAUGGCCUCCCCCAGUCCCAGGCAGGAGUUUGUACCCCCAGCAGCGCCUCACUCCGCCGCUCCAUUCAGUUCAGGGCACUUUGUGCCACUUAUUGACUCUGAACUGCAACAGGAUGCACAUUCCUUGCGAAUAGCACCACAGAAGCGCGGCGACUGCUAAUGGCGAGGGACCUGUCCCACACACUCCCAUGUACAUGCACCUUGCUGGGAUGUGAGACAGGAAAAGAGAAGCGAGGUCACAUGAGCGUCAGUCCCAGCCCCCUCCCCGGCAGCCUGUGCCUGGCUCCAUCUCCCACAAUCAUGCCUCUGGGAGCAGCCUUCUGGCUCGGCAUCCCUAGGCACUGAGCCCUGAGCCCCUGCUGAAUGGUCCUUGUGUCGCCGCUUCACUCCUGCCCAACGGGGAGCCGGCAUGCAGGCACAGGCUGGGGAUGAGCGGCAGCAGCUGGUAUGGAGGGGGCACAACAUGCCAGUCCGGGCGGAGUGAUACAACAUGGGCACACUGCUUUCAAUUGGCUGUGACAGGGGCGCUUCGCUAUCAGAAUGGAAUAUGAAGCUACCCAACUUGAAAAGCAACAUGUUCAUAGUGUGUAUGAAAGCACAGCCCCUUAUUUCAACGAAGUGCAAAGUAAAGCCUGGCCAAAGGUGCGCCAGUUUCUUCUGGAACAAGAGCCUGGCAGUCUCAUUGUGGACAUAGGAUGUGGGACUGGAAAAUACCUGAGUGUUAACAGUGAAAUAUAUAAUCUGGGAUGUGAUUACUGCAAGCCUCUAGUGGAAAUUGCCAAGAAUAACAAACAUGAAGUUAUGGUAUGUGACAACCUGAAUCUGCCAUUCCGAGACCAGUGCUUCGACACAGUCAUUUCCAUUGGAGUGAUUCAUCAUUUUUCCACUAAGCAAAGAAGAAUCCAAGCAAUAAAGGAAAUGGCUAGGAUAUUAGUUCCAGGAGGUCGGAUUAUGCUGUAUGUUUGGGCAAUGGAACAAAAGAGUCGUCGCUUUGAAAAGCAAGAUGUAUUUGUGCCCUGGAACAAAGCACUGCUGCCUCGCCGUCCUUCUGAAACCAACCAGCCUGAAAAUAAAAUUAAUAUUAACCAUAAUGAUAAGCCACAGGACAUGGAAGGGCUGGAAAGAACUGAAAUAAAUAAUUUAGGGAAUUCAAAGCAAUCACACAAAAUGGCCAACUGCGUAUCCGCAGAACCCUGCUGUAUUACAUUUGCAAAUGAUGAAAACAGACUUUACAGUUCCAUAGGUCGUUCACUCCGUUCAUGGUUUUUCUCUCGAUCGCUCGAUGAAUCUUCAUUGCGAAGGCAUCUUGAUAAGAUGAAGUGUCUCAGCCAAGUUGGUGGAUGGGUGAAUAGCCCUGUAUCUGUCCAGCCUACUCGGCACUGUAGCGUCGAUCUUGGGCACGAAAGGUUAUUUAUGAAGAAACACAGCUUUGAUGAUGAUGUAUUUAUUAAAAAUAAAUCACAAAAUAGUACUCAGUGGAUUAUAGCUUUAAAUGCUGGCCAAAAUGAAAAUGGAAAGUUCUGCAGACUUGAUCCUAGCGACCCAAAGCAAGCUUCCGAUCAGAUAGAAGACAAGCACAGUAACUAUAUAGGCAGCAAUGAAGAUAGCCAGCUUGCACAUUGUAAAUUAUUAAAGCGCACAUCAACAACAGAAUCAAACGAUUCCAUUUUGGAUGAAACCAUAUCAGUCGGAGAAGAGGAGAAUGAUCACAGUGAUUCCAAAGCAUUCAUGAGAUACUACCAUGUGUUCCGGGAAGGGGAGCUUAGCAACCUGUUGGAAACUGAUGUACCAGAGCUUCAAAUUACAAGUUCCUGUUUUGACCAUGGCAACUGGUGCCUAAUUGCAGAGAAGAAAAAUACUAGCAAUCAUGAUGUUUAGAAGUAUAAUAAUUGUCCAAAAAUAUGCAUUUAAACUGUAACUUUUUGUCUAACAGGUAAAAUGAGGUAGUUAUUUUAAUUUACAUGUUCAAAGCCUUUUAAAAGCAAGUGACAAAAAUAUAGGCCACUAGAUAGCGAUAGUAUUGUGUACACAUCCUCUAGGCAAGAGGUGUAUUAGUCUGAGAUUGAGUUGUGUGAGGGCCUUACUUUGCCUUAGUUGUUUGCAUAACAAAUAGAAGCAUACAUUUAUCUGAUGCUCUUUUCUCUCUCCACACUGUACAUGGAUAGUAUAGAAAAAAAGCCAAGCUGCUGGCUUCUGUUUAUUAUACAUAGAUGAUAAACUUCUUCAGAGGACGCAGUCUUGUCCCUAAAAUAGGGUUCCGUUUUGGAGGAAUUCCCCCUACCCCCCAAAAAACAUGUUUCCAGUUCCAUAUACUGCUUCCAUCUUCAGACUCUUUAUAUAGCUUUUUUAAAACUUGCCUACUAAAGUAAACAUUGCUGUCUGUUUAAAUGGCAGGGUGUCCAGGUGUUGGACAAGAUAAUGGAAACAUGUGACAUAAUAAUUACGAGAUUGAUGCAUGUUGCAUAUUCCUAUAAAGUUGAAUUUCCAAAAUAAC